AUGGACUACGAAGCUCUUAAGGAGCAAUGGAGCGAGGUCGAGGACCGCGAUGGAGUUCGCCUGAGUUGGAACGUGUUUCCUAGCUCUCGCAUGGAAGCAUCGCGCUUGGUCGUGCCGAUUGGGGCCAACUACACUCCUCUCAAAGAGAAGCCUGACACACCACUCCUCCAAUUCGAACCGGUGACUUGCAAGCAACCUUGCCGCUCCGUCCUCAAUCCUUUCUGUUCUGUGGACGUAAGAGCCCGUCUCUGGAUCUGUCCCUUCUGCCUGUCGCGGAACCCUCUUCCGCCCCAUUACAAAGACAUCACCGCCAAUGCGAUCCCCCCCGAACUUCACCCUUCCAACACUACAAUCGAGUAUCGUCUCUCGCGGCCGGCUCCAAGCCCUCCCAUCUUCCUCUAUGUCGUCGACACCUGCCAAGAGGACGAUAGCCUCGCUGCGCUCAAGGAGUCAUUGGUCAUGAGCCUGAGCCUGCUACCCGAGAAUGCACUCGUUGGUUUAAUCACAUAUGGCACGAUGGCCCAAGUUCACGAAAUUGGCUACACUGAAUGCGCGAAAUCAUAUGUGUUCCGUGGUAGCAAGGACUACUCUGCGAAGCAGGUGCAGGAGAUGCUCGGCUUGCUCUCACCAGCAAUGCGACCCGGCAUGCCCCAGCAACAACCCGGAAGGCCUAUGCCUGCCGGCCCUGCGUCGAGAUUUCUCCUGCCCGUUCAGCAGGCCGAGUUUCAGCUGACGAAAGCUUUGGAGCAGCUUCAGAAAGAUCCAUGGCCCGUAGCCAACGACCGCAGGAGUCUGCGCUGCUCCGGCGUCGCUCUCAGUGUGGCUGUAGGACUUCUUGAGUCUUCAUUCCAGCACGCCGGUGGCCGCAUUAUGCUCUUCGCCGGUGGACCGGCAACAGAGGGACCCGGCAUGGUAGUUGGCCCGGAGCUGAGAGAGCCCAUCCGAUCGCAUCACGAUAUUGACCGGGACAACAUCAAGUACUACAAGAAGGCACUUAAGUUCUAUGAUAUCCUGGCCAAGAGGACCGCUCAUAAUGGUCACAUCAUUGACAUAUUCGCGGGUUGUCUUGAUCAAGUCGGUCUUUUAGAGAUGAAAGGCCUUUGCAACUCCACCGGUGGCCACAUGAUUUUGACCGACAGCUUCACUUCCUCUAUGUUCAGGCAAUCGUUCAUUCGUGUGUUCGAAAAGGAUGGCGACGACAACUUGCUCAUGGGUUUCAAUGCUACGCUCGAAGUACUCACCACCAAAGAGUUGAAGGUUACUGGACUGAUUGGUCACGCCAUUUCACUUAACAAGAAAUCGACAUCUGUUGGAGAGACGGAAUGUGGCAUAGGCAACACAUGCUCAUGGAAGAUGUGCGGCAUCGACCCUAACGCAAGUUACGGCGUAUACUUCGAGAUUGCAAGUCAGGGAGGCCCAACGCAGCAUCAACAAACGCCACAAAAGGGCAUGAUUCAGUUCCUCACUUACUACCAACACUCGUCCGGCCAAUUCCAUUUGAGGGUUACGACAAUUGCCAGAAAUCUCAGUGGCCCAGCUGGCGAUCCAGCCAUCGCACAAUCGUUCGACCAGGAAGCUGCUGCUGUUCUGAUGUCUCGCAUUGCAGUAUUCAAGGCCGAAGUUGAUGACGGCCCGGAUGUCUUGCGCUGGGUUGACAGGAUGCUUAUCAGACUCUGCUCCCGCUUUGCAGACUACCGGAAAGAUGAUCCAUCUUCCUUCCGGCUCGAGAAGAACUUUACGCUGUACCCACAGUUCAUGUUCCACCUCCGAAGGAGUCAGUUCCUACAGGUCUUCAACAAUUCCCCCGACGAGACGGCCUUCUAUCGCCACGUUCUCAACCAUGAGGACGUAAGCAACUCCCUCAUCAUGAUACAGCCUACGUUAGACUCGUACACGUUCGAUCAGGAGGGUGGCCAACCUGUGUUGCUGGACUCGACUUCCAUUCAGCCCACCCAUAUCCUUCUUCUCGACACUUUCUUCCACAUUCUCAUUUUCCACGGCGAGACGGUCGCCGAGUGGCGCAAGGCGGGAUACCAGGACCAGGAGGGCUAUGAAAAUUUUGCAUCUCUGCUCGAGCAACCCAAGGAAGACGCAAGAGAUCUCAUCACCGACAGAUUCCCACUUCCUCGAUUCAUUGUUUGUGAUGCUGGAGGUUCUCAAGCCAGAUUCCUCCUGUCUAAGCUCAACCCAUCGACCACCCACACUACUGGAGCUUAUGGCGGCGUGGGUGCGCAAAACGCCCAGACUAUCUUUACUGAUGAUGUGUCUCUGCAAACCUUUAUGGACCAUCUCAUGAAGCUGGCCGUAAGUGGUACAAACUAG